AUGACUUGGAGGAUAGUGAAGCGUAUCUUUACAGUUUCUAAUGGUUUAGUUCUGUUGUGGGUUCUCACCCUGUGGUGGGGUGAACGGACUGUGUUCCGGGAUAGUGUUGACAGCUGUGUUUGGCAAAGUUGGGAAAAAUGGCCUCAAAGCGCCACACCGCAUCAUGUCGCCUUCGUCGCAGAUCCGCAGUUGGUUGAUGCCCACACGUACCCCGAUCGACCGUGGCCUCUUUCGAUACUUACAAUAAAGCACACAGACCAGUACCUACGUCGUUCAUUUUCUCUAAUACAGAAGGUGCUUGUCCCUGAUUCGGUAUUGUUCCUGGGCGAUCUGUUUGAUGGAGGGCGAGAAUGGGCCACGAGAAACAGCACUAGCCCCGAAAAUCGCUAUGCGAGCUACGGCAAUAAAUACUGGAGGAAGGAAUUUCGUCGUUUUGUACGGAUAUUCUCUGACGGUUGGGAGGAGGCGGGUUCCUCGACCAACUUUCGGGGUCGCAAGAAGAUUUCUACUCUCCCCGGGAACCACGACUUGGGGUUUGGUACUGGUAUCCAGGCCCCGGUUCGUGCGCGCUUCCAAGGCUUUUUCGGAGAGGGAAAUCGCGUUGAUGUUAUUGGAAACCACACAUUCGUCUCGGUUGACACCGUUUCGCUCAGUGCGAUGGACCAACCUGAUCCGCGUACUGGCAGCUUCGGUGCUGGCUUGGGAGAUGGAGAACAGCCGAAUGAGUGGAUCUGGAGGAAUGCGGAGGACUUCCUCGAGAAUGUGAAGGUCUAUAAAAAUAGGGCGGAGGCGGAAGAACUGCGUAUGCUGAACAAUCGAAGCGAAGGCGUUCUUUUUCGCAAUGAGGUUGUAGACGUCCUGGAGCCCGCGAUUCUCCAGAGAUCGCAGCCGGAGGCGGUCGGGCUGCCUACCAUUCUUCUCAGCCAUGUUCCAUUGUAUCGCAAAGCGGCCACACCUUGCGGGCCUCUUCGUGAGCAUUACCCGCCAUCGUCGUCGACCAACGAGGAAUUGGACGAAGAUGAACCAAAUGCCAUUAAGAUCCAAGCAGGUUACCAGUAUCAGAAUGUGCUAACUCAGGCCGUUUCAAAUGAAGUCGUCUCCAAAGUCGGUCCGAAUCUCGUUCAAGUUUACUCCGGGGAUGAUCAUGACUACUGCGAAAUCUCUCAUCGGGAAUUCAACGGCUCCCCCAAGGAGAUUACAGUGAAGAGCAUAUCCUGGGCUAUGGGCGUCCGGCGACCAGGUUUCGUGCUAACCAGUCUAUGGAACCCGAUUGAUCCCUCGACAGGGAAAGCUAUCGAAACCGGGUCAGGCUCGUCAACUUUGCAAAACCACCUCUGUCUCCUCCCCGACCAACUUUCCAUUUUCAUCCGAUAUGGCUAUCUGGUUUUCUUCAGCUUAGCGGUUCUGUUCGUGCAAUCCUGCCUUUUUAUUAUGUCGGAACGCAGUUCCGCUGCUAGUCCGGUUCUCCCCCUCUCUGAACCGCAUUCCUUGUCCAAUGCACCUAUUCACCGCGCCAAGACUCCCUCCUCCAGUACGUCCAGUUCCGCGAAGUCAUCGCCACGCGGCUUGGUUGGUCGGGCCACGAAUGCCACGUCCCGUUACUACAUUACGUCCUCCCGUAAACCGUAUUAUGAGUCUUAUCCAGAUAACGGCGACCGUGAAUAUGGGUAUGGAUACGACUCGGACAGCGCUAAAUGGAGAGAUGAGCGGCGACGACUAGCGGGAGGAGGCCGCUACCGUGGUCCGGUUGAAUUGUUGUUUUGGGAAUUUACUCAGCGUGUGAAGCACGUCGCCGUGUUCGCGUUCGGGUGGUAUUUCUUUUUGAUCUGGAGGUGGUGA